UUUUCCAUUGACAUUUGCAGUUUCUUCGCAAUCAUCUCUGGCCAUUACAUAAAGGAAAAAUUUUGCCAUAGAGAUAUCUUAUUGGUACUCAACCAUCUAAAUUACAUAAAUAAUAAACUACUUAAAUUACUAACGAAGCAAUCAAGAUGAUCCACUCGGUCGCCACUCAUCUUACAGUGAUUUGUCUCGCCUUGUCACUUGUACAUUGUUCGGAGCCCGACGUGGAGAUGCACAACCUCUUCAAACCCGAUGACUGCCCAAGAAAGGCCAAAUUGACUGAUGUGCUCACUCUCCACUACAAGGGAACUCUCGAGAACGGCGAAGUUUUCGAUUCCAGUUAUGAACGAAACGAGCCAUUCUCAUUCCAGUUGGGUAUUGGCCAAGUGAUUCGAGGAUGGGACAAGGGUCUACUUGAUAUUUGCGAGGGCGAGAAGAGAAAGCUGGUCAUCCCACCAAAUCUCGCCUACGGUGAUGCUGCCCAUGACAAGAUCCCAGCCAAAUCGACCCUGAUCUUCGAGGUCGAGUGUCUGAAAGUUGAAGACGGCCCAAAUCCAAUCAACGUGUUCAAGGAGAUUGACUCAGACCAGGACGGAAAGUUGUCGCGCCACGAAGUUGGCGAGUUCCUAAAACGCCAACUGUCGCAGGCCUACAGCCAGCCGGGUGCUCAGCAGGACAUGCAAGACCAUGGCUCGAUGUUGGACGAGGUGUUCAAGCACGAGGACAAAGACAAUGACGGCUACAUCACUCGCGACGAGUUCUCGGGUCCCAAGUACGACCACGACGAGCUGUAGAGGCUGACCUUUUUCAAGUAUAACAGAACUCCAACUAGACAGAAAUCUGGGAUUGAAAAUCAUGUAAACGAUGUGGAAUAUGUUUAUGCAAAUAUAUUUAUGAAUUAAUCUAUAUCUAUCGAUA